CCCUAGCGCCUACCUACCCCGCAGGGCUCGGCGGCGGCUCAGAGCAGGGAGCCUGCAGGGACCGCGCCCGGGGUUGAAGUACUUUCCCGUGCAGUGGCGGGGCUAGGGAGGAGGCGGCCGAGCCGAGAGCAAAGCGCAGGGCACCGGCGGGCCGUUGAGUCUCAGCAACGCGCUGGGCAGCUCACAACACGGGAGCCCGGGGCACGGGACGGGACUGGACGGUCCCUGUGCGAGCAGCGCCAGGAAGAGGCGAAGGAACCCGGGCUCCGCCAGCGCUGCCUGCCCGCAGCGGGAGGCCCCGGAGGGAGCAGCCGCCCCCGGGCCCCGGCGGAGCCAUGGAGCCUGCCGAGGGGGAGAGCAGCGGGCAGGUGCACACGUGCCAGACCAUCUUCCCCGCGCACGCCACGCACCGCGGGGAGCUCAGCGCCGGCCAGCUCCUCAAGUGGAUCGACGCCACCGCCUGCCUGGCAGCUGAAAAACAUGCUGGUGUGUCCUGUGUGACAGCGUCAGUGGAUGACAUACAAUUUGAAGAGACUGCCAGAGUUGGACAAAUUAUCAUCAUCAAAGCAAAGGUAAACCGAGCAUUCACUACUAGCAUGGAAGUUGGUGUCAAGGUUACAGUACAGGAUAUUUUGACUAGUGUUCAGAAACUUAUUAGUGUGGCUUUCUCUACAUAUGUAGUAAGACCAGUUGGUGAUGAAAAGGUAUACUUAAAACCAGUGAAGCUUCUGUCUCCACAAGAUCAUCUGGAGCAUAGUCUGGCUAUUGAGAGAAGAAGAAUUCGACUGGACCAUGAACAUGUCUUUGAGACCCUAAUGCAAGAGAGUAAUAUGGAAGAUUAUCACUGUGAUAAUGUAAGCAAUACAGAGGAAGAUACUAUUUCAACUGAUCUAACCCAUGUGCAGAGCAUUGAACUUGUCCUGCCUCCUCAUGCAAACCAUCAUGGAAAUACAUUUGGUGGCCAGAUUAUGGCAUGGAUGGAGACAGUAGCUACUAUUUCAGCAAGCCGUCUCUGUCAUUCAUAUCCCAUCUUGAAAUCAGUUGAUAUGUUUAAAUUCCGGGGACCCUCCACUGUUGGCGAUCGUCUUGUCUUCAAAGCAAUAGUUAACAACACAUUUCAGAAAAGUGUUGAGGUUGGCGUUCGUGUUGAGGCCUACAACUGUGAGGAGUGGACCAUAGGCCAAGCGCGGCAUAUUAACAGUGCUUUUCUGAUUUUUAAUGCUGUAAAUGACAAAGGAGAGCUCCUCAUCUUCCCCAGAGUCAAACCCACUACAAAGGAUGGUUUGAGAAGAUAUCAUGAAGCUAUUGCACGCAGGAGAAUUAGACUAACCAGAAAAUAUAUCCUCUCCAAUAAGGAAGACACUCCUUCCUCUGAUCUCUGGGAUAGAAGCAACCAGGCAUACUUGAGUUACAGCAAUGUAGCCACCCUGACAGUCCUGGCAACAAAAUGUGGAUGGGAAAUAACCAGCACUCUGGAUAAUAUAAAAAUAUUCACACAGGAGGAGAGUGAUAUCUUGUCUGUCAAGGUAGAAAUGCAAGUGAGGAUACCAUCAAAUCUAGCUUUCUUCCUUUUAUCUGACUUCAGACUCCGCAGGCAAUGGGACAAACAUUACUUAACUUGUGAGGUUGUAGAGAAUGUGAAUGAAGAUGAGAAGAUAUACUACAUUACAUCGCCAUCAGUGAAAGGAGAUAAACCCAAAGAUUUUGUAGUUCUUGUGUCUCGAAGACAGCCCUGUAAGACUGGGGACCCUUACAUAAUAGCUGUGAGGUCAGUUACCCUGACAUCUGUGCCACCUUCUCCAAACUAUCGUAGAAAUGAAAUCCUAUGUGCAGGAUUCCUGAUCCAUAGUGAUGGCAAAGACUCCUGUAUGGUGUCUUACUUUAACCAAGUUACCUCUGGUGUUCUGCCUUACCUUGCUGCAAAUCUCAUUGGCUCAUCAAAAUCCAUUGAGGAUACUGCUUCUGCAUGCAUCAAGUUCUUGGAGAUGGACAGUACCAAGAUUGACAGUAUUUUGUUUUAAGUAAAAUAUCAGGGAAGCUCUAAAGAUUAUCAGAAAACAUUUUUAAGUGCCGCAUGCAAACAUGAGGCUUCUCAAUAUCUAUAUCAUCUACUACAGUAGUUCUCAACCAGGAGUCUGGGCCACCAGCAAGUUUUUUGGGGGGGGCCGCCAAGCAGGGCCAACAUUAGACUCACUGGGGCCCAGGGCAAAAAGCCAAAGCCCCUGCCAUACAGGGCUGAAGUGUGGGGCCCUGCCACCCGAGAGUGAAGCCAAAGCUCGAGCAACUUAACUUUGCAGGGCCCGCUGUGGUGAAGGGCUCCAUGCAAUUGCCCUGCUUGCUACCAUCUAACGCCAUCCCUGGCUUUUAUAUGCAGAAAUCCAGUUAUGGCACAUGUGGGCCUUGGAGUUUUUAUAGCAUGUUGGGGUGGGGGGCUCAGAAAGAAAAAGGCUGAAAACCCCUGAUCUGCCAGACUGAAAUAUUUACUUUAAGUCACACAGCUCAUUUCAGCCCUUAUCUUGAGAGUAUCUGAGCACUUGCAAUUCCCACUGAUUCAGGAAUGGAUUGAUUCAUAUUUUUAAUUUUAAAUAGAAUGGGGGAAAGUUCUUAUUAUACCGCUCACUUGAAUUUGGUGGAGAUGCCAAGGCAUAAAUGAGGGCAUAAUUUCUAUUACAAAUACCAUUUUGGAAGGGCCGCUAAACUCAGUUCCAAAAAUCUGCUCGGGUCUAUAACAAUAAUAAUGAAGCUUACAUCCUUUGUAAAGUGCUCUGAGGUCUACCGAUGAAAAGUGCUGGGUAUUAACAUUAUGAUAGCUUUGAAAAAAUAUACCAAUAAAUAACAACGAUGAAUAAACUAUUUUGGCCAUGUUAAAUUAUAGACUUAAAGGAAUGAUGGUUUCAGAGGCUUUUUGGUCUAAACUGUUUUGAGAUUUAAAAAAUGGAAUACUGCUGGCAGUUAGUCCUUAGUCUGAAUUAAUACCUUCGGAUGGAUUUAAAGAAUAAAAUUUCAGGAAUCAUGUUGGUGCACCUCAGGAUUGCAGUAGAGGCUCAUGCUUUGUUGCAUUCAGACCUUCUGAGCGGUUAAUACCCUAUCCAGCAUCCACUGAAGUCAAUGGAAAAGCUCCCAUUGAUUUCAACUACAGCUGGAUCAAGCCCUAAGAAAACAGGAUGUAUAAGGUAGUGUUACUGGUACCUCUGUCCCCAGCUCCUCUGUUGCAGGUAGCAGAGAUGGGAGGGCAGGGGGCAAUACAAAGGAGCUGGUUACUGCUCCCUGAUUUUCAUCCCAGCUUUAUGCCCUGAGCAGUUUUGAGCAGCCAUGGGGCGCUCUCAUAUUGGGCUGGCUCGCAAAAGUCGCCUAAGGAGCUGUCCAGCAGCUUGGGAUAGCCAGAACACAUAGUACUUGAGCCACACCCCCUCCGCAGCCCCUAUGUUGACAGCUGUAGGAGCAUCUGGCAUUGGUGCCAGUGACAUCAGCUCUGUGCCUGCUGGGAUCUUCUCCCUGCUGAGAAAACACAACCAGUUUCCACCCCAUUUUGCACUAUGGAACAGGAGUUAGGCUCUGGUCUCCUAACACUAAUUCAGACUGCUUUACAGUCACGAAGACUCCUUUAGGCCUCUUUAUAGCCACUCCACCGACAUAUGAGAGUUACAUUUUCCAAAGUCACCUAGGCCCAGCUCCUCAAAAGUAUUUAGGCACCUAACUCACUAGCCUUGAGAAUAUAGGCCCCAGUGACUUUUGAAAAAUCAGAUUGAGAUGCCCUCAAAAAUGUUACCCUUAGGCUCAUCAUCAGUCAUUUGGGUGGUUUUAUUCGCGCCCCCUCUCCUCCCCCCCACACACCUGUUCCACUAAUUUAGACCCCCCUUGCACAGUGAUAGAGGAUGUAAGGAGUCUACCUGAGUGCGAGACACCAAGGCACCACUAUAGCAUCUAGCUGUGGGUAGUUGUCUAAAAAUGACCUAUGGGAAGCAAAAACAUGGUUGGGAAAUCACACAGAACGGAGGGGAAACUUGCAGGGAAGAGGAAGGAACCACUCCACUCUCCCUCCAAAAAUCCCAGGUGAACCACGAGGGGCUUCUUUAAUGCAAAAAUUUGGAUCUAAGUGUUGAGUCGAAGCAGUGUCCCAGGAACCCUUUGCACUGACUAUGCAAAAGCCAAAAAGGCCCCAGCAACUUAUGGGUCCCAGUCCAGUACAGUUACCCUGAAUCUCAGGCAGAGAAUCUGCACAAUCCAGUGUUUCUAGGGGUUCUUUAGUUCUUGCAUAGAUGUUUCCCACUGAUACUGUCAGGUUGGUCCACAGCUGCCUAAGCAUUUGGUGACUUUACACACCAGUCACCCCUGCCUUAAGCAGGUAUAACUCUACAGACCACAGAGGAAUUGUUCCAACUUGCAUCAGAAGUGAAAUAGAUCCGUAAACAUCCAGUAGUGUUGCCUGUCGGUUAGGGUUACACUGCUCACUUUCUUACUUUACUUAAAAACAGCCACAGAGAAGUGCUCCCGACACGCUGAAGCACUGAUUGAAAACUAACAUUGGUUACUUAUUCUAAUUUUGUAUUUGCCUGGUGUAUAAUAUAGUGGGAGUGCUCAAUUACUAAUGAGGAGUGGGAGGGAGAGAGGAUGCAGUUUUGUGCUUCAGCCACAUUACACCAGAGAUGCUUCUGCAAAACGUUUGCAUGGCCCCACGCUGGUGAAUUCUCCCAGCACAGCUCCCUAUAAGGUGCCAAGUCAGCUCUAUGAUGCCCAUCACCUUCUAGAUAUCGCUGGUGAAGGAAUGGGCCUGGAGGGACAUGUUGGGAAUGUGAGUAGAUAUAGCCAGAGCAGUGCCGUGUCCUUCCCCACUACUGAAACACUCAUGGGGACUAUGGCAGCAGGGAGCACAUAUCUGGGCAAUCCUCAGGCUGCUUUAGCAGCUCCUUGCAUAGGGGAUGUAUAAAGUUCGGCUACACACUAUCUACUUCCAGUACAUUUGUAAUGUUCUCUCUCAGAUGCCACUCCCCACUCCGUACUGUAAACCAAAUACCGAUGUACCUGCUGAAAUCUCAGUCAAAGCUUUAAAAGAUUCAACCUAGUAUUUAUUCUGUGCUUUCCCUCCCCUGUUAGGUUUCUGUAGUUAAUCGCUAUAAGGCAUCAGGCAGUCAGGUGGUUCCUGGUAUUUACUUCCAUUUUGGGUUUGUUUGUUUUCUUUGGCUUUUGUAAACCAUAUUUAUGUACUUUUUGAAAGCUGUUGACCCAUUGAUAAGCCAGAUGCAUACACAUUUAUUUCCUAAAGUCCAGAGAGACUUAGUCCAAAGAUGCAUUAAAAGGAAAAAGAAAAGGAGUACUAGGUGCCACUAGUACUCCUUUUCUUUUUGCGAAUACAGACUAACACAGCUGCUACUCUGAAACCUGUCAUUAAAAGGAAAGCUAUUCUGUGGAAGAAGACAACCAGAACCAGGGAAAUCAUUAGGAAAAAUGCAACUACCAUUAUAGAAAAUUCAAACUUUUAAUAUAUUUUAUAAAAAUAGUUAAUUUGAAGCAAAAUGUAUAAAUAAGGAAGCAUUUAAACAAUAAGUUCGUG